GAUAUAUACCUUCGAGCUGAUUUAGAGGCAAAAAGUAAGCAUAUCCAAUAGUAUCAAGAUAGAAUGAGUAGAAUCAGUAGAACCAAUAGAUCGAGAAGGAUCGUGUAAUAUUAAUAGUCGGUAAACUGGAUUCUAUCUUUAAGUACGAUGUGACACUCGGUAUAUUUAGAUAUUUUACACAAUAGCGACAUAAUAAUAUUCAAAUUAUAUAAAAAUAUGUCUUGGGAAACUACAAAGUCAAAGGUCUGUUGGCUCCUAGGGCAUCGCGUAACUCAAUCUCAGUUUCAAAGUUCGUUGGCAGACUGUUGCUUUGUGAUGAUCCGUUUUGACAGCUUUACCAUCCCUAUGGAUAUCAUUUGCUUAUUCGAGUCCGCCCGAAACGUUGAAAAGACUUGUCAGGCUGCAGCUGCAGCUGCAGACUGGACGCAAAAGAGACAAGGUGAAAAUUCCCGCAACAGAAACAGGUCGCGGUAACGUUGCUGAUAAUCGAUGGCAGUAGUGCAUAGAGCAGGGGGGCGAUGAAUAACUGCGUUGGUUUGUUGUUUGAGGGCGAGGGCAGAAUAGGGUAGGAUGCCGUGGGCACACACAUAUAUAUAUGUGUGUGUGUCUGUGUUGGUAAGCUACGGCUGCCAGAGUUCUGAGAGGAGGGGCGGGACGAGUGUCAACGGGAAUAGGGAACGAAGCAUACGGAAGGGCCGUUUACUUCCACUUGUGUCGGAAUCCCAUGCUCACAGGAGGCGAUUCGAACAACCGUUAGUACGAUUUAGUACGAUUGGUUAAAGAUAGCACCGAUUUGUUUUCGAGCGGUGUGAAACAGCGCAUAAACAGGACACGGAACGGCUGAGAAGGUGCCACUAGGAUCAGAACAAGGGAGAACGGAAACGAUCGGCGUUCGAACUACCGCUGAGUUGCAAGCGCUAAAACAGCCACCGUUGUGUCAGCGACUCAUUACAUUAGUCUCCGAGCGGAGAAGCCUAUGGUAUUUGUGUGCCAACUGAGCAAAAAAGUUACUAGUUGCCUUUGCAGUUUGUAAAGGUGUUAAACAAGAACAGAAUUGAGCCAGAAGCUGCCGCAGUCACCGUCAUCGUCGCCGUCAAGGCCGUCGCUGUCACAGGAAUAUUGCCUAUGUGGUCGAAGCAUAGCCGGGAACAUGCUGUACAUUAAACAGCUCAGCAGUGCCUUACGGUUAUGUAGUGGGUGGCCGAAAAAGGCCGAAUAAGUGACGACCUUAGUGAGCUAGCACGCAGCAAGUACGCGGGCGAACACAAGCAAGCAAGCAAGCAAGCCUCGAUAGCUGUACGCACAGAAAUGAAUGCAAAUUAAAUUGGUAGAGAAAAGCGACCGGAGAGAGAAUGGUGUUGGAGGUUGUGAUGGCCGUCUAUCACCUACAAUGUGACGAAGAUUAGUAGCGCCGUAAAAUGAAUCUUAACACUGGCUAAGUGAUGAAGGCACAGUAUCGUUGUGUGUGUUCGCCACCACAGUUGCCAUAGUGGAUCGGCUAGCAUCACUCCGACCCCAUAUUAGUUACUGUUACUUCUACUGGGCAUCACGUCUGUGCUAGGUAGAACUGGUCAUUCUGUACAAUGAGCUAGUUGGCUAACGGGAGGAGACUGACAAGCCCCGUCAACGAACGAUCUGCCGGCUAGCUAAUGAGCGAGAAAGAAGGUAAGUGGGUGGCAGAGCUUUUACGGAACGCAAAGUCGCUGCGACUAAACGGUCCCUUACGGAUAUGAAAUACGUGGACAUCGGACGUCAAAUUCGUCGGUUUUUCCUCCUCCGCCGCCGCCGCCGCCGCUGCCGCCGCCACGGCGUCACGAUCCCCAACGGUACGCACAGAACUACGGCAGCAGCGGCUGCAGCAACAGCAGCGACAAAAAUGCCAGGCGCUGGUGUCGCGUAGAUCCACUAUCACUGCUUUGUUGGAUCAGUUAGCCGGCGAAUCAGGAAUCGCACAGACGGACGUCUGCCACACUGGCUAUUCACAAAUUUGCUGCUUUGAUUUUGCGAGCCAGCUGCAUUUGGUUCUGUCCCGUUUUCCAGUUAAAAUUAUCACAUCAUAACCGUCAGCGCUUCUAAGAUGGCUAAUUUGACUUUCAACAAAAAGUAAAAAUUGAAAGUGAAAGAAGGCAGUUGCAUCCAAACUGAAAGAGUCUGCUAAAAAAUUGCGUUUGGCGGUGCUUCGUUGCAGCUCUUUUCGGAGGCGAAACAAAUCGAGAGUUUAAGCGAGACGGGAACGAAAGUGACAGACUUUUCUAUUAGUUACCAAGAUAUAGUGAGAAGGGUGAGCUGACAAGGCUGCGACGGUCGAUUCAUUAAGUGCAACACCGAAAAAAAACUAUUGCGCGACAAUGUGUGGGAUCUUCGCUUACUUGAAUUACCUUGAGCCGAAAACUCAAAAAGAGAUCUUGGAGUGCCUGGUCCGCGGUCUCAAGCGAUUAGAAUACCGUGGUUAUGAUUCCGCCGGUCUGGCGUUUUGCGGCGGGCAAAGUAAUUCUCAGGUAAAAGUGGUGCGAAAAGUUGGUAAGGUAGCAGUGCUUGAAGAGGCUGUCUUCCAUGAUCAGGACAUCGACUUCGAUUGCUCUCUCGAUACGCAUCUUGGUAUUGCCCAUACCCGAUGGGCCACACAUGGCGCUCCUUCUGAUUUGAAUUCACAUCCACAUAGAAGUGACAACAACAACGAAUUUGUUGCUGUACACAACGGAAUUAUUACUAACUACAAAGACAUCAAACAGUUUCUGAUUCAAAAAGGCUAUGAAUUUGAGUCUGAUACGGACACGGAAGUCAUCGUGAAGUUGGUACGCCAUUUGGCUGAUACACACCCGGAAUUAAGCUUUCGAGAGCUUAUCGAACAGACCAUCCAACAGAUUGAAGGGGCCUUUGCUCUAGUUUUCAAAAGUUCUCGUUUCCCAAAUCAAUGUGUGGCUGCCAGGCGAGGUUCUCCCCUGCUUGUAGGACUUAAGACCAAGGAGCAGCUUUCGAGCCACAUUCCGGUACUCUACGGAAAGGGGUGUGCAGUUAUCAAGGCUGGGAAUGCGCCCAUCGGGUCUUGGUCAAUCCACAAAGUGAGGUCUGACUCAACUCCUGCUCCGACGCCUGUUGGUGGAAUCCAGCGAAGCCAAUCAACUACUGACUUUGGUCCUGAAGGAGAAGAUAAAAGAAUUGAGUAUUUUUUUGCCUCGGACGCUUCAGCGAUUAUCGAGCACACUAAUCGGGUUAUUUUUCUGGAGGAUGACGAUGUCGCGGCUGUACGUGAUGGCCAUCUUACGAUCCAUCGAGUCAAGCGAACGCUAGAUGAGAACGUCAACCGAGAAAUCAUUACUCUUAGGAUGGAAAUCCAACAGAUCAUGAAAGGGAAUUUCUCGUCUUUUAUGCAGAAGGAAAUAUUUGAACAACCGGAAUCGGUGAUCAAUACGAUGCGUGGCCGAGUCAACUUCGAGAACUCGCAGGUCGUGCUGGGAGGAAUCAUAGAUUACUUACCGGAAAUCAAGCGUUGUAGGCGGCUACUUCUUAUAGGGUGUGGAACUAGCUAUCACAGUGCUGUAGCGACUCGACAAAUCCUCGAAGAACUGACAGAGCUGCCAGUGAUGGUUGAGUUGGCAUCGGACUUCCUAGAUCGUCAUACUCCAAUUUUCCGUGAUGACGUAUGCAUUUUUAUAUCGCAAUCUGGAGAGACAGCCGAUUCGCUUAUUGCUUUGCGCUAUUGUAAAAACAGAGGUGCAUUAAUUGUCGGUAUCACUAAUACAGUGGGUAGCUCUAUUUGCCGCGAGUCACAUUGUGGGGUUCACAUUAAUGCUGGACCAGAAAUUGGCGUGGCCUCCACCAAAGCGUAUACCUCACAGUUCAUAUCACUUGUAAUGUUUGCUCUGAUGAUGUGCGAAGACCGUAUCUCGAUGAAGCCACGUCGCGAGGCUAUCAUCGAAGGUCUUAAGAAGCUUCCCGGUCAGAUUAAAACCGUCCUUGCCCUCGAUAACGAAGUCAAGACUCUCGCGGAACAUCUUCACCACAAUAAGUCGCUAUUAGUUAUGGGUCGAGGCUUCAACUACGCUACCUGCCUGGAGGGAGCACUUAAAAUUAAAGAACUGACGUAUAUGCACUCGGAAGGCAUUCUCUCAGGCGAGCUAAAGCAUGGACCCCUGGCACUUGUCGACGACGAAAUGCCCGUAGUCAUGGUGAUCUGCCGAGACGCGGUCUACAAAAAGUGCAUCAACGCACUCCAGCAGGUGAGUGCUCGGGGCGGAAAGCCGAUAAUCAUCUGUGAGCAAGAGGAUGAAGAUACCCGGUCAAUGGCCUACAAAAGUCUUCAGGUACCGGGCACAGUCGACUGUUUACAAGGGAUUCUGACUGUAAUUCCACUCCAGUUGUUAUCGUAUCACAUUGCAGUAUUACGUGGGUGCAACGUCGACUGCCCAAGAAACCUGGCCAAGUCUGUCACCGUUGAAUAAAUGUAUUCAACAGAAAAACCUGAAAAUGACAGCUGAUUCUGAUACAACGCCGACUAUAUUAAUUAUCCACUUAGUACUCCACCGAUAAUCAUGCAUAAGACACCUGGAAGUUUAGUGAAACCUUGAAUCUUUUUCAGAAAAAAAGUGAAAGUAAUGAUGAUCAUGAUGUAGUGAUUUGAAUGAGACUGGAUCAUUUGACAUGAAAACUCCCAACCAAUGACAAUCCUUUCUCGUUCUGGUCGUCGUUUGCAGAAGUUAGCGGUACCAUUCAUACCAUCAGUACUAAGUAUUUUGUAGAUAUUAGAUACCAAUUAGCCGUUGUGUUUACGUCAGUAAAUUGUAUUGGCUGAACGAGGGGUUGCCAUCACACGAGACAAAAAAGAUACGUUUUGUGUGCAUUUACCGUGACUCUGUGCCCCUGUUUUGUUUUAUGAGACUUCGGUUGUAGUGUUACUGCUAUUCAAAAGAACUGAUGGAUCACGGAGCAUGUUUGCGAUAAUUCUUUAGGCACAAUUCGGAGGAAACGAUGGCGUUUCGCUUCC